AUGUCUAACAUAGUUUUGGAGCCCGCCGCUCAGAGCUUUGCCGAAGCCACAUCCAAACCUCCCUUUUUGUUUCAAAUUCCGCCGGAGGAGGGCAGAAAGAUCUUCAAUGAUGUUCAGAAAGAGUCGAUCAAUUAUGCCGAUGGAAUCACCACUGAGGUUAUUGCCUUUCCGGACUUCAGCUCCAAGCUGAUCAAGCCAAAGACAGACAACAACGCAAUACUCCCCGUCGUGUUUUACAUCCACGGCGGGGGUUGGGUGUUUGGCAGCCCGAACGCAUUUGGCCGUCUACUGGGCGAAAUUUCCAAAAACGUGAAUGCUGCAGUCUUCGCCGUUGACUACACCCGAUCGCCCGAGGCUAAGUACCCCACUGCAUUGGACCAAGUCUGGCAAGCGUUCGAGUAUAUCCUUGCGAAUAGCGAGAAACACAAUGUGGAUUCUGGCCGCAUUGCCAUCGCAGGCGACUCAGUUGGCGGCAACAUGGCGGCUGUGACUGCCUUGAAAGAUGCCGGCCAUCGACUCCGGGGGCAGGCGCUUUUAUACCCUGUCUGCGAUUUCUCGUUCGAUUCCGGAUCCUACAACGACUUUGCCAAGGGUUACUUUCUCCAGCGCGAUGCUAUGAAAUGGUUCUUCGAGCAAUACAGCACCGGAGUCAAUGACGCCGAGCCCAACAAUUCCAGGAUCUCGGUCUUGCGCACUACGAAGGAGGUCUUGAGCAAGGCACCGCCGGCUCUGAUCUUGACUGCCGAGGCUGACGUCUUGCGCGACCACGCGGAGGAGUUUGCUAGCAAGCUGCGCAGCUCCGGUGUCCAGAUGAACGCAGGCUCGAGACGCUUUGAUGUCGUGCUGUUUGGUGCAACUGGAUUCACAGGCAAGCUUGUCGUUCAGUAUCUGGCGCGCCAUACCGACGUCAAUGGUUGGGCGAUUGCAGGACGAUCGAUUGAGCGUCUCGAGAAGCUUCGCGUCCAAUUUGAUUUGGAGUCCUCUGUCGGCACCAUUCAGGCCCAUGCAAACGACCGAGCCAGUCUGAUUGCCAUGGCCUCGCAAGCGCGGUGUGUCAUCAAUGUUGUAGGUCCAUUCCAGAUGUUGGGAGGAGCAGAGGUGGUCAGCGCGUGUGUGGAAGCAAAGUGCCACUACGUCGAUUUGAGCGGCGAGACUGGCUACAACGAGAUCCUAAUUAAACGCUUCCACUCGUCUGCCAAAGCGGCUGGCCUUGUAAUCGCACCCUCUUGCGGACUAGACAGUCUUCCGUCGGAUCUCACCACCUACCUGGCGUGUCGCCAUCUGCUGCAAGGUCGUACGGAUUCGACAAUCACCAGCGCUACAACCACGCUCAAAGAAGCGGCGCCUUUCUCAACAGGAACGCUCCUCUCGGCUUGCGACAUGGCUGACAAUGAUCAUCGACAGCUCAUGUUUGUAGAUGCAGGUCGCCUUGUUCAUUCCCAUGCCACGAGCGACCAGUCGAUCCGCUUCAGCUGGCCGAAAUACUCCAAGCAUGUCGGGCGGUACGCAACGUCAUACAUGCUUAGCCCUCAUAACAUCCGGACGGUGUACCGCACAUGGUCCCUACUGACGGAUGCGUUAUCAGUAGAGGCGUACGGCCCCAAUUUUGCAUACGAUGAUCUGCUCAGCAGCCCAGGGCUGUUUUCCGGCUACAUUCAAGCAUUGUCGCAAUAUCUGACGGGCUUCAUCUUAGUGAACGCAUCGUCUGUCCGCAGCAUCGUUCGCAAAUUCGCCAAGGGUGGAGAUGGCCCCUCUGUCCAAACCCAGCAGAAAAUCCAAACGGAUUGUCGAACCGUGGCAACAGCCUCAGACGGUCGUUCGGCCAUGUGUACCAUGAUUGCGCCUGGAGAUCCAGUUGAUGACGGUGACAUCCACACCAUCCUUGGCGCCAUGGUCAAUGAUGACCAUGAUCACGGCGGUGAUGAUACUCCAGAGCGCACUGUCACACCGCCGCUCCCUGCUGCCAAUCAAGAUGCAGCGGCUGCUACAAUGCCUGACAGCAUCAAGUACACCGCAGAGCUGGAGCGCUUCCGCCUGCGCUUGGUGGAGCAUCCGCGCCUGCUGGUCUGCACGCGCCCAGGUUGCUACCUGCAGCUGCUAUUGAACAUCGCGUACAAGGAAGUCAGCAACCACCUCAAGAAAGUUCACCACUGUCAGCGGUACGGUACCGAAGACUGA